AUGGAUAGAGGCAGUGCCUAUAAAAGCAUAACUGUAGAAACAUGUGCCACCGCCCUAACUCAACAUUGGAUUGCAAGAUUUAGAGUACUCCAUAGAAUAACGACAGAUCAGGGUAGACAAUUUGAAUCAACAAUACGUUCAUCACCAUAUCAUGCACAAGCAAAUGUAAUGAUAGAAAGAGUACAUAGAACACUAGAAGCCGCUAUAACAUGUAAAGACAGCAUCCAUUGGUCCGAAGAACUACCUAUGAUCUUAUUAGGCCUACGCAUAACAAUAAAAGAAGACUUGAAAGCAUCCCCAGCCGAACUAGUCUAUGGUCAAACGCUAAGACUACCAGGACAAUUUUUUGAAGAAAUAGAACAACUACCAGAACCAUCUGAUUUCAUAAAACAACUUCAACAACAAUUUUCGAAAGAAGCCCCAAUAGUAUAUCAUCACACAUCAUCAUCAAAACGCACUUUCAUACCAAAAGAUCUAGAAACAUGUACUCACGUAUACCAAAGAAUCGACGCUUUGAAGCCCAAAUUAGCCUAUACAUUCGAAGGACCAUUUCAAGUGUUAUAA